AUGUCCAAAGGUAGCCACGCCGAUCGGCGUGCACCUCGUCAGGCGAUGCCUGAGAAGUCUCCAAAGAAGAAGAAGCGGUCUUCUUCACACGACGCUGGCACCAAGGCGUCCAAGAAGAAAGCCUCGAGGUCAAGAUCUCGAGAAGAUGACCGGAAGAGGAAAGCGAAGUCACGCUCGCGCAAUCGUUCCAAAGAUCGAGAACGAUCGCGGGACCGCGACAAGCGGCGACGCAAAGAUUCUUCCGACAGCCGCCGACGGCAGCGAGACAACCGCAGGCGUCAGCGCGCCUCGAGUUCUAGCUCGCUGCCGGUGCGACGGAGGCGGUCUCCCGACCGGAGGCGAUCUCCGGAGAGGAGGCGAAGCCCUGAUCGAGCACGUGAGCGCGAUCGCGAUCGCAAAGCCCGUCGAGCCAAGGAUUCAAGCUCCGACGAUCGCAGGAGUAAGAAGAGCAAGGAUAGCAACUUUGACAGGGAGGUGAUUGAUGUCAGACCUGGGACCGAGGAGACGAAUGGCGAGAAGGAGAAGCCGGCUCGCUCCUCGAAGUUCAGCCCCAUCGAGGCCCAGCAGGUGCCGCUGCUGAACCCCUACCCUAAGGGCUCCAGUGAGGCUAUUCGCCUGGAUGCAGCACGGUUGGAGGUGGCCAGAUUGAAAGCAAUGGGAAAGAUGCCGUCCGCGCAGCUGUUGAAGGAGGUUGCCGUUGGAGCUCAAGCUGCUGCCAUUGUGGGCCAAGCAAAGGUGGAGAAGCCGAAGCCCAAGAAAUCAGCGCCCGCUCCGUGGAUGGCUGCUCGAGCGGUGUUCGCCAACAAGGACGGCGAAGGUUCCAAAGCUUCUGAACCAGCCACUCCAGCCGGUCAAGAAGGAAAAGAAGCCAAAGACAGCAAAGACAGCAAAGAUGGUGCCAAGAACAUCAAGAAGCUUGGAAGCUCGGAGCUUUCGGAGCUGUCAAAGGCCAUCGCAGAGGAUCGGAAUAAGCUUCGCCUCUUCGUCGUGAAGGCGAAAUCAGAUUUCGAAGAUCGCAAGGAGAAGGCGAAGGCUUUGCACCAGUCGGUCCAGAUGGGCGAGACGGACGAGAAUGAGUACUACUCAGCUUCCGUCGGAGAGGAGAUGGGGCCAAAUCGAUGCUACAAGGUGGAGGCUGCCAUCGGCAGAGGAGUCUUCUCCAGCGUGUACCACUGCAAGGGCUUGAAGGACGGCAAGGACUAUGCCGUCAAGCUGAUCAGGGCAAACGGGAUGAUGCGUCGGGCAGCUGACAAGGAGGUGGAGAUGUACAAGCGCUUGGAGAAGAACUCCGCAGAGGACGCUGAGGGCUUCAAGCACGUCAUCAUCCUCUCCGACCUGCAGACCUUUGAGCACAAUGGCCACUUAAGUCUCGUCUUUGACCUGCUGAAGUGCGACAUGCGCUUUGCCUUGCAGAAGUAUGGCAUGGGCGGAGGUCUUCCCUUACCGACCUUGCAGCAGUACGUGAGGCAAAUUAUGUUGGGACUUCGUGCGCUGCGAGCUGCAAAGGUCAUCCACGCAGAUCUGAAGCCAGACAACAUCCUCAUGACGCUAAACAAGGCCGAAAUCAAAAUCUGCGAUUUCGGAAGUGCCAUGGACGCCUCAGAGCAGGUAAAGACUGCGUACCUCCAGCCCCGCUACUACCGAGCUCCAGAAAUCAUGCUCGGAGUUCCGUACGACAUGGGCAUUGACAUGUGGAGUGCCGGAACUACCACAUACGAGCUGGCCACCGGGAAGAUCUUGUUCACUGGGAAGACGAACAACCAGAUGAUGAACAAGAUGAUCUCUGUUGUGGGGAAGUUUCCGGAGAGAAUGUCGAAAGUCGGAGAAUUUGCGAGGAAGCACUUCAAUGACAAUGGCGACUUCAUGAGCAAGGACCCCGACUCCAUCACUGGACUUCCGGAUGUCGUACAGCUGUCAAAGCCCACGAGAACAGUUCUCAACCUGCUACAGGCAGAACUGAAGCACCCCAAUGCCGGCGUGGAGCGCAAGGACCACGAGAAGUGGGUCGUGCAGCUUGCAGAGUUGGUCAGCAACUGCUGCCGGCUGGACCCGCAAGAGAGGAUGAAGCCCGGUGAGGCCUUGGAGCUACAGUUCUUCAAGGCUUCGAGAGACGGCUGA